ACCUUGUUGCAUAUGUGUAUUUGUCCUGAUGAUUGACCCUAUCAGCAACUGCUCGCAGUCCUGUAUUGAAAGCACUGUGGCUUUUCUACUGUAGGUUCGCAGAAAGCGAAAUGGAAUUUCUUUUCGGAUAUAAGUCCACUUGUUUGAACUUUUAUGCAUUCCUUUUCUCACAACUCGCCAUCGACGUUGCAAUUGCUUCAACACAACGAGCCAAGAUUAGUGCCAACGUACGCCGAAUUUUGUAUGUACUGUUGUUUCCAAGAUAAUCCGCUCCUUUCUUCAUGGUAAUUGUGCAUGUAACAAUAGUUUCUAAGGACGCACUGAAUUGAACCAUAUGUUUGGCGAUAGAGCGAAUCUUAAGUCGGAAUACUGGGUUGGAGGGACGCUGCUAUGGUUACUGCGAAGGUAUCUCGCAGGAGGAUGGUGCUACAGCAAGGCUCGUCUAAAUGGUAAGACCGUCCUCAUCACCGGGGCAAAUACUGGCAUAGGCAAGGAGACAGCCAGAGAUCUGGCCAGGAGAGGUGCCCGGGUGAUUUUAGCGUGCCGUGAUCUGGCCAAAGCACAGGCUGCCCUCGCAGAGAUCCGAGAAGACACUGGUAACAGAAAUCUGACUGUGGUCAAACUAGACUUGGCUUCCCUUGCCUCAGUGAGAGAGUGUGCAGAGAAGAUCAAAGCAGAAGAGUCCAGGCUAGAUAUUCUCAUUAACAAUGCAGGAAUCAUGAUGUGUCCAGAGUGGAAGACAGAGGAUGGGUUCGAGAUGCAGUUUGGUGUCAACCAUCUGGGUCACUUCCUCCUAACCAACCUUCUGCUAGAUCUCAUCAAGUCAUCCACCCCAGCCCGCAUCAUCAAUGUCUCCUCCCUUUCUCACGCCUAUGGCAAGAUAGACUGGCACGACAUCCACAUGAACAAAGGAUAUGACAGGAGAAAGGCCUACCGACAAAGCAAACUGGCUAAUGUGUUGUUUACACGGGAACUCAGCAGACGCCUGAAAAUUAAUGAGUUUGAGGUGACCGUGAAUGCUGUGCAUCCAGGUGUUGUAGCAACUGAACUGGGUCGUCACAUGAUGGAAUCAGGUAGUCUGGCAGCUCGUGCCGUCAACGUGCUGCGCUUCACACCGAUCAUGUGGAUGUUCAAGAAUGCUGUACAAGGGGCCCAGACAACCAUCCACUGUGCAGUAACUCCGGAGCUUCUUAACACGUCAGGACUAUACUUCAGCGACUGUGCACCGAAGGAACCUUCUCAACAUGCACUGGAUGAUGACGCGGCACGGAGACUCUGGGAUCUGAGUGUGGAGAUGGUCGGCUUACAUGAAAAAUAGAAAACGAUUACUUGGUUGUCUUGGAUGUGAUCGAUGAAUCCAAUUGUUAUUUAAAAAAAAUAGACAUGUUUUGCGUACGUUUUGAAUUUUUUUCAGACAAGGAAAUGGCAUUUGAAUUAUUAACGUACGAAUGCGCCUAUUUAGUAGGUUGAAUAUUUUUCUCUUUGAUCUGGGAGCAGGCUCAUUGAUUUUGGGAAAUGAAACCCAGAGCUCCUGUCCUUAUACCGCUAUGUCUCUGAAGGUGAGACAAAUACUAUAGGAGUCGGGUUUGUGACUGGCUAACCCGCAGCGUCAGGGGUUCUGCUCCCGGUUACAUGAUGUGACUUUGGGCAAGUCACUUAAUUCCCCCUUGUCAUUCUUCACCCAGGAGUAAAAAUGGGUACCUGUUAGGGCAGAGACAGUUAAUGUGCACUGAAAUGGCAGUAUCGAGCUGUAUACGUAGGAGCGCUGUAUAAAAAUUUGUUGAUAUGUAGGGGAGCCGUGCCGGUGUAAAGGGUAAUCUCACUGUUUUGAUAUUUUACUGUAAAGAAUAUGCAUGAUUUCGGAUCCAAUCCACAUUGUAUCUCGGUGAUUUUUAUAUCCGUAUCAAGUUGUUACUCUCUAGUUGACCUUUAAUUGUGCUUCCCACAAAAGGUGUAGCCUAUGCCUAGAAAAAAAGAGUUCUAAGGUACCUUUUGCCACUCGAUGAAGAAGCUUAUUAAAGUAUGGUUCGGUCGUACAGUUUUGCCCCUUAUCUAUGAGACACCCUUUCUGACUUUAUUAGUAGGCCUACAAAAAAAUAAUAAAAUGAAAAUAAUAGAUAUGAAGAAACUAAUAUAUAGGACGAAAGUGAACUAAAUUUAAAACGAAACAAAUAUAUAAAGUGCGAAAGAAGUACAUAUAGAACGAAAACCAAUCCAUGAUAUAAGACAAAAGUACAUUUAAAGGACAAAGGUGAUAGAUAUAUCGGACGAAAACUAAUAAAUAAUAUACGACAAAACUCAUAUAUAAACGACGAAACUAAUAAAUAGGCCUAGAGAACGGAAAUAAUAUAUUGGACGAAACUAGUAAUAUAAAACGAAACUAAAAUAUAGAACGAAACUAAAAGACUGUGGAACGAAACUAAGGUCACUUAAAAAAUAGUUUCAAAUCAGUUGGAUUUGCAAAAAAACGAGGAGGUAGGAGGUUAUUUUUUUUAAAUACUUUGGUAUGAAUGCUGAUCUGGACGUACUGCCGCAACCACAGAACGAAAGCGCCAUGUUCACUUUAGACUUGUGCACAGAAGUGCACAUACAGUGUAUGUACAUGUACUCAGGUCGCAGUUUGUGCGUGCACGAGGUUGUGUGGGCGUUUUAGAAACUACGGGGGACGGCUAAGGACAUCGGAAAAGACAACUUUAUAAAAACAACGAAAAACACGCAGCAAGAUUUUUGAGGCAGGCACUGACGCUAAACAUUUUUUUUUUCAUGUGGCCUAAUACACAUUGAACGAAACUAUGAUAAAUAUAGAACGAAACUAAUAAAUAGGACGAAUCGCCGCCACCUCGACGCCAGACCGGUUGUAAUAUAGACCAAAAUGCAAAACAUAUAGAACGAAAACGUAAAAUGUAUAAGACGAAGCGCAACCUACCGACUGGUUAGCGGACGUCGCUCCUAACCAAGAUGCAGAGCUUUUUCAAUUGCUCUGAAGUGAUGCGGAUCUUUCUCUACUGUUCCGGAAUGUUAGGACGAUACGGAACAAUUGAGAACGCCCCUCAUCAUGGUGAGGCCACAUAUAACGUUGCCGGUUGCUGCUAUGGUCAUGCCGAUUGUGCUUGACCACGUUGUUGACAGUCGGCCAAUGGGCACUGCUGCCAGUGUCAGGCAUGACGCGCCGUAACACUGGCAGCGACAGUAGUAGGCGUAGUGGGUAUAACAUUAGUUGCAACUAAUUCAUGGAAAGUAGGGUUUUGAAGGAGGUUGUCAACUACUUCUCAUACACGAAUGUUCACAUUAUUUUCCGACUCUCGAGCCACGGAUCAGGAUCACAGCUCCACUCGAUUCGACAAAUCUCUGUGACAAGUAAGGUGUGGAAGGCCUAUUGUGACGUCCCUUGUAUCAUCAAGAGUAUUAGGGGAAGUGUUCCACAAGAGUUACGGACAACACUAAUUUUCCCAUGAAAUGUUAUAACAGGUGUUAUAAAGUGAUUACAUAUCCCAACAAAUGAAAUUUAGCAAGGAAAAUUCCAAAGCAUUUACUUAAAAAACAGAAUUUAUUUUCAGACGAGUAUCAAAUAGUUAUAUCAAAGAUGGAUUUUCACUGGGGAGAUGGAAUUAACUUUGGACUUUUGCCCUGAGACAUUCCUGAUUCCCCCCCCCCAAAAAAAACAACAAUCGAACUGACUGGGCAUGAAGUUUAUGAACUGAACAAUUAUGGAGAAUAGCCCUUUUUAUUUUGCCAUACUAACACUGACAUGGGACAGGCGGACGUCACCUGGAAAUGUCUUGGAUGAAACACGUGAAAGAAGUGAGCACAAAAAGAAUUUUUAGAAAGUUUUAGAAUUUUGUUUAUGUUUGUAGUACAAAUGCCGUUUUACCAAUCACUCUUUGUUGGAUUUCCCUCGUAUCUGGAAUGCCCGACCUCCUGACACCACGGACAGUAUCCUCCAUGGACCCAUCUCUUGUUUAAACAAUCUCAGAUCACAAUUUCUUAAGCAAUAUAUUUGUCUCAUCUGCAAUCAAUUUUCCUGUGACUGUUCCAUAUCUGAAUGCAAUUUCACAAUUGGGUGUUUAGAGCAAUAUUUUAUAUCAGUCUUGUCUGUACAAUCUUUUAUUAAUUUUGUGUGAAUCAUUUUAAAUUCAUACAUGUCAUAUUUAGCUGGAUUAAUCUUUUUAUUUAUUUUUUUUUUGGUAUUUAUAUAGUAUAUAAAUGCCUUUCAACAAUUACUGUUGUUGGAUUCUCCCGUCUCUGGAAUGUCCUAUAUACCUUUUGAAACCACUGCGAGUAUCCUCCAUGGUCUCAACUCUUGUAUAAACAGGUCACAAUUUUUUUUACCAAUAAAUUUGUCCAUUGAGCUAUUAAAAGGGAUUUGUCUUAUUUGAAAUCGAUUUUCCUGUGACUGCGCCAUAUCUGAAUACAAUUUCAUAACUGGGUGUGUACAGUAAUUCUUUAUACUAGUUUCGUCCGUACAGUCUUCUAUUUAUUUUGUCUGAAUUAUUUUUAACACAUAGGGCCUAAUACAAGUACUACUUUAGCUGGGUUUUAUCUCAGUACUUUUGUCUAUUAUUUAUCAGGGAGCUAUUUUUUAAUAGCUCCACGGUUUUAUGUUUUGUAUGUUUGUAGUACCACCGUGACCAGGAUAGCAUUUGACAGUGAUUAGAUUCACUUUUGGUGCUCCUUCGGGGGUAGUCCUGCAUUUACAACUGUCUUUGUAUUUGCUGUUUGUCCAUAACGGUUUAGUUGUCAUGAGAGGUAAUUGUAGCGGACAUUGUGUAUUGUAUUAACCAUCAAUGUUAGCUCUUGAGUACCAUUUAAUAAUAAGCCUGUCUAAAAUUA